UUUGCCAUUGAUAUCAGCGGGAGUGGAUAACGAAGCCAUCUGUAGAACCCAGAGAGCACCUCAAAGCUUCUUCAACCUCACCUACAAUGGCGGCCUCCACCACGCCAUCGUCGCUCUCUUUCUUCUCUUCAUCGAUCUUCCUUUCAUCGGCCAACCAAAAUUCUAAGCUCUUUUGCAAUUGGAAACCCAAUUCCUUUAAACCCCAAUCCAAGCCCUUAUCGAUCUCCUCCCAGCUCGCUACUCUUCCAGUCCUCUCCUUCACCGGAGAAAAAGUAGGCGAGACCGUCCUUGACCUCAAGUCCGCUCCACCGGAAACCGCUCGCGCCGUCGUUCAUCGAGCCAUUAUUACUGAUCAACAGAACAAGCGCCGUGGGACCGCCUCGACUCUUACUAGAGCUGAGGUUAGAGGAGGCGGCAGAAAACCAUACCAGCAAAAGAAAACUGGGAAGGCCCGUCGUGGUUCGAUGCGUACUCCUCUCCGGCCUGGCGGAGGUGUGGUUUUCGGGCCGAAACCUAGGGAUUGGUCCAUUAAAAUCAACAGAAAGGAGAAGAGACUGGCGAUUUCGACGGCGGUGGCUAGUGCGGCGGUAAAUACGAUAGUGGUGGAAGAUUUUGGUGACAAAUUCGAGAAGCCGAAAACUAAGGAGUUCAUUGCUGCGCUAAAGAGAUGGGGAAUCGAUCCUAAGGAGAAAUCCUUGUUCUUAAUGACGGAGGUUUCUGAUAAUGUGCGACUAUCCAGCCGCAAUAUCGGAACACUGAAGUUGUUGACGCCGAGAACACUGAAUUUGUUCGAUAUUUUGAAUUCUGAUAAGUUGGUUUUGACGCCGGCGGCGGUGGAUUAUCUGAAUGAGAGAUAUGGAAUCAAUUACGAAGAAGGAAUUGAAGACGAGGAGGAAGAAGAAGAAGAAUUAGAAGGCGAAGAAGAAGAAGAAGUGGUGCACCUUUUUACGUGGGAUGUUUGACAUUGAAAGGAGAGCUUCUUGGCCUGCUCUUUCCUGGUUUGCCUCUGUUGUAGCUUCUCAGUGGUGUCAAAUAGAACCUUAAUAAGCCAUUAUCAAAGUUCUUUGGGGAAUACCUGACACUCCGAUUCCUCUGCAAUGUAAAAUCGUCUCUUCGCCUCAAACCGUACAGUUUCGAAUCGUUGCCACCGCCAUUAAUCCCAGCUAGCUUGCUGGGAUCUCUACAGCUAACGCUGUAACUACGAAUGAGCUUCUGGCUAACAGAACCGUUUGCUUCUCCAUUAGCAACACGCCUCAGCUUUUCCCACGACUCGGCGGCAAAAGGCCGAUCAACCACAUUUCCACCAACACAGCUUUCUUCAUCAUCAGACUUGCUGCUCUCACCACUUCGCUUCU